GGAGGCCAUAAUAGAGUUGUUGCUAGAAAAUGAUGGCAGUGGUAAUAACAUAAAUGUGAUUCCCAUAGUGGGCAUGGGUGGUGUGGGCAAGACCACACUUGCGCAGCUUGUAUAUAACAAGAAGUUGGUGAUGGAGAGUUUUGAUGUCAGAGCAUGGGUUUGUGUUUCACAAGAAUUUGAUGUGCUUAGGAUCACAAAAACUAUUCUUGAGGCAGUGACUUCCUCGUCAGGUGAUACUGACGACCUGGAUCUACUCCAAGUUAGGUUGAACAAGAGUCUUGUGGGAAGGAAAUUUCUAUUUGUGUUAGAUGAUAUUUGGAAUGAGAAUUACUUGGAUUGGGAGGUCUUACGAACCCCUUUCAAAUCUGGGGCAUAUGGAAGUAAGCUCAUCUUAACAACGCGUAAUGAAACUGUUGCAUCAAUUGCAGGCACAGUUCCAACCUACCAUCUAAAGCAUUUAACGGAUGAAGAUUGUUGGUUAUUAUUUGCAAAACAUGCAUUUGGCAACCGAGAAUCUAAAGAACAUCCAGAGCUGGAAUUAAUUGGUAAGAAAAUUGUGAACAAGUGCAAAGGCUUGCCUUUAGCUGCAAAAACACUUGGUGGUCUCUUACGCUCGAAGUUGGAUUCUAAGGAAUGGCUUAGGAUAUUGGAGAGCAAUAUAUGGAGUUUCUCAGACUGCAAAAGCAAUAUUCUUCCAGCUCUUAUAUUGAGCUACCAUUAUUUACCUUCACAUCUAAAGCCAUGCUUUGCUUAUUGUUCAAUAUUUCCUAAAAAUUACAAAUUUAAAAAGGAGGAAUUAGUGCUCUUAUGGAUGGCGGAAGAUUUUUUGCCUAAAAGAGAGAAUUUAGAAGAAGUAGGUAUUGAGUACUUCUAUGAUCUAGUAUCCAGGUCAUUCUUUCAGAGGUCAGGUGGUAAGAAUUCAUGCUAUGUUAUGCAUGACCUUUUGAAUGAUUUAGCUUUAUUUGUCUCUGGAGAAUUUUGUUUUAGAAUGGAGACAGACAAUUCAUAUGAUCUGUCAGAAAAGACUCGGCAUUUUUCAUAUUCCAGAUUGAAGUUUGAUGCCUAUGAAAAAUUUGAAGCCUGUCUUGGAGCCAAGGGUUUGCGAAGCUUUCUACCAUCAAAUUUGUCAGUGCGGUCUGGAUGCUUAAGUAAAGAAGUUAUUCUUGACUUAUUACCAGCACUGAGAAGCUUAAGGGUACUAUCUCUAUCUGACUACUGGAAUUUGACAUUUCUACCAGACUCAAUUGGUAAUUUAAAACAUUUACGAUAUUUAAACCUUUCUCGCACUGCAAUCAAAGUAUUACCUGAUUCAGUGUGUACUUUACACAAUUUGCAAACAUUAUUGUUGGCAAGUUGUCAUUCUCUCACUGAGUUGCCUGCCAACAUGGGAUGGCUAAUUAACUUGCAUCAUCUUGAUAUUAGUGGAACAAACUUGAUAGAAAUGCCACUGCUAAUGGAUAAAUUGAAAAGUCUCCAAACAUUAACUUCUUUUAUUUUGGGAAAAAAAGGUAGCUCUGGCCUCAAAGAGUUGGGGGAGCUCCGGCAACUUAGGGGAAGCCUUUCAAUUUUGAAGUUGGAAAAUGUUGUUGAUGCUAGAGAUGCUUUAGAGGCUAAUUUGAGGGAUAAGUUGCAACUUAAUGAAUUGGUGUUAAAGUGGGGUGGGGCUACAGAUGACUCCAAAAAGAAUAGAGAUGUACUAGACCAAUUGCAUCCUCAUGUAGACCUGACAAAGCUUACCAUUGAAAAUUAUGGUGGCACAGUUUUUCCAGACUGGUUAGGACAUGAAGCCUACAGUAUUGUAUCAAUCCAAAUUCAUAAUUGUAAGUAUUGCUACAAAUUGCCACCGUUUGGGAAACUGCCCUCUCUGAAGAACCUCUCUAUUGUGGGAUUAGAUGGAGUAGUGAAUAUUGGUAGAGAGUUUUAUGGGACUCCUGCUUCUGGGCGCAGGCCAUUUGGAUCGCUAGAAAAUUUGCGCUUUAAAAACAUGUCAGAAUUGCAAGAGUGGCUUCCUUUCACGGAUGACAAUGGAGGUGCAAUAGCUUUCCCUCGUCUCCAACAGCUUUGUAUACAAAACUGUCCUAAACUGAGCAUUGGUCUUCCCAAUGGCAUUUUUUCUUUGAAAUCAAUUGUGAUUGAUAAAUGCCAGCAGCUUGUCGCUACACUUCCAAGUGCUCCAGCCAUCCGUCAAGUGAGGUUACAAUAUUGUCAUAAGGUGGUGCUGACUGAAUUACCACCGCAAGUGUUGAAGCUCAAAAUUAUCGGAUAUGACAACUUGGAGUCCUUACCUAUGGACAACAACAACAACUGCCUUGAAGAGCUAGAUAUCUCUGAUUGUCCAUCUCUCACGUUGCUUCCCAGUAGUGGUAUUGCUGAUACACUAAAAUCACUUGGUGUCAAGAACUGUGGGAAAUUACUGUUUCCGAUGCACCAUCGUUAUGCUUCCCUUGAGAGUGUGUGCAUAAGAAGUAGUUGCGAUUCUCUGGUGUCCUUUCCAUUGGAUUUAUUUCCAAAGAUGAAUCAUCUUGAUAUCCACGGAUGUCAUAAUCUUCGGUCCCUUUCUGUUUCAAAUCAAGGGCCCCUUCAGUAUCUUAAAUCUCUCAGAAGCUUAGAAAUCAGUAACUGUUCCAAUUUUGUAUCCUUUCCCGAAGAGGGACUGCCUGCACCCAACCUUACCAGGUUCAGUGUUGGUUACUGUAAUAAUUUGAAGGCACUGCCUGACCAGAUGCAUACCUUGCUCCCAUCCCUUCGGACAUUGAGUAUUCGGCUUUGUCCAGAACUUGAGUCUUUUCCAGAUGGGGGGUUGCCAACCAGUUUAAAUGCACUUGAAAUCUUUUUUUGUGAAAAACUUAUCUCCAGCCGCACAGGGUGGGGUUUGCAAGGACUGUCUUCUCUUAGAAGCUUCUGUAUCAGGGGUAGAUGUGAAAAUGUGGAGUCCUUUCCAGAGAGGGCGCUGCUGCCCUCUUCUCUUACAUCCCUUGAAAUCUGGAAUAUUCCCCAUUUGAAAUCGCUGGACGGCAAUGAGCUUCAACAUUUCACCACACUUAAAAAAUUAGGAAUUGGCUGCUGCCCAAAUCUGCAGUCCAUGCCAGAAGAGGGUCUGCCAAAAUCGUUGUCAUUUCUAAGUGUCAAGAAAUGUCCAUUGCUGAAAACUCGGUGCCUUAGGGAGAAAGGGGAAGACUGGCCCAAGAUAGCUCAUAUACCCAUCAUAAAAAUUGAUGCAAAAGUGAUCUGAAUAUGAUGAGCUUAAUUUCUACUGGAACCCAGCUCUUCAAUAUAUCCAACUUCUUCUCAGGAGAAGCAGCGCUAGUGCUUUGUCUGGUCAGUAGAAAGUCGAUGAAUUCUUUUCCGUAAGGAUGUUGAACUAUAUAUACAAAAAGUAACACCCUAGUGAAGAACCUAGUGGAAAAACUUCAUUUUGUCUUUCUUUUUUGGCAAAACCCAUCCCAACUGUCUUCAUCUAACAAGACAUGUUGAUUGAAUAUAUGCAGCUUUUGACUUAAUAUCAGAAGAAGGCUCUGGCUGUGUGGACUGAAGUUGGGAUAUUGUGGCAGGUGCUGUUGAAUGAACAGCCCUCAGGCUGCACAAAAACGAUUAUAGAAUGGCCUGUUUUACAUACCUUUAUUUCUCUGACUACUUAAUUGCAGAAUCAUGGUUUCAGUUUUGCUCUUUGCAAUUCUUGGUACUUGAUUAUUUUGUUUGAUCAUCUAUUUGGAGUGCAAAAGUUGAGACAUCUAAUAGUCAUGAAGGGGAGGCGAAUAAGAGAUUAAUAAAUAGUCAAGAUCUUGGCAAAUUCCAUUUGGUGAUUCUGAUCCUUAGUAGAAAUGGGAGGGUAACACAACAUCAAUAAGGAUUGUGAAUCUUAUGUUGAUCUUCAUCCAGCAGCAUAGAAGUGAAAAUCUAGCACUGAAAACUACAUACAUCAGAUCUCAGUGUUGGGCUAUAUCUGAACAUUAGUAUGCUAUUAUGAUGUCUAAUGAUCAAUCAAUUUCAGGACUCAUACGUUAGAAUUUUGAAAACUAUUUCAUGACUUGUGCAAAUAUGGAACCUGUGGACUUAGAAAGAGUAAACAAUGUUGGCUGACUAAAGAUUUUGUGAGCCUGCCUAGCAAGAGACAGAGGAUGUUUUACUUCUGGAACUAAAAAUAUCCGGGUACAUUUGAUUCCAUCCUCGAUGUUAUUAGUCGUCCUGAGAACAAUACCAUCGCUUUUGUCUCUGGAGAAUGCUAGUUUAGUAGGGUUCAGUUCUGUUUAAUGGUACAACUUUGUAAGACCUUAUUAAGGCCUCUGGUGUAAUGUUAAGAAUUGGGUAGUUUCUUUAUUUA